AUGGAAGGAGAGGGAGGAGGAGAAGAAGGUGGUGGUGGUUAUGGUGUUUAUGGGCUUAUAAAUAACACACAACCACACCAUCCUCAUCAUCACCAUCAAAAUAUGCAUAGACCAGGUCCUCCAUUGACAGCCAUAGACAGGUUCCUGUGGGGAAGCCAGAGCAAUUUCUCUCACCAAAACAAUGCAAGCAGCAAAGAAAAUGUGGUUUCCACAAAUGGGUUGUUUGGUUUUUCUUCUUUUGGUGGUGCAAUUGGCCAUGAGGCUUCUUGUUGGCCUAGCUAUGGUGCUGGUGCUCAAUAUCCCCAAGAGGUAAGCUUCCUGGAUGGGCUUUUGGGUGAUCAUGGAGAGGCCUUGAUGAUGUCUUGGAGUGGCCAGGCAGAGCAAAACCCUAAUACUGGUUUCAUAGAAGAAGCAAAGGUUUCAGAAAGGAGGGUGGGAAAGAGAGCUAGAAAAGGUUUAACUGCUGCAGCUUUAAUAAAGGGACAGUGGACUGAUGAAGAAGACAGGAAGCUGAUCAGGUUGGUGAAGCAAUAUGGAGUGAGAAAAUGGGCACAGAUAGCUGAGAAGCUGGUGGGUAGGGCUGGCAAGCAGUGUCGAGAGAGAUGGCAUAAUCAUUUGCGCCCUGAUAUCAAGAAAGAUAGCUGGACUGAAGAGGAAGAGACGAUACUUGUGGAAGCUCAUACUGAGGUUGGGAACCGUUGGGCAGAGAUUGCGAAACGCAUUCCUGGAAGAACUGAAAACGCCAUCAAGAACCAUUGGAAUGCCACAAAAAGGAGGCAGAAUUCAAGGAGGAAGAACAGGCAGGCAGAGGGGAAAGAUGGAAACAACAACAAGAAGCCUCAGUCUUCCAUACUCCAAAACUACAUCAGGAGCAAGAACCUCAUGAGCAACAACAACAAUAAUAAUAAUAAUAACAACAACUCCUCCCCAAAUGUUUCCACUAUUAGCAACAACACCCCAACCAGUUCUUCCACUCUCUCUCAUGAAAACCCAUCAAAAACCCACCUCAACAUUUUGGCCACAGAGACAUCUGACCAGUCCACAACUAGCAAUUGCUGUGACUCUCCUUUGAAUUUGGGUGAUACAUUAUACAAUGAUGAGGAGCUUCAUUUCAUGCAAACUUUCUUCACCAACAAUGUUCACACUUUCAAUCCUCAUCAGCAGCAGCCAUCCCAUUCCAUUGACAGCAGCAACAACAGCAACAACAUUGGCCUAAUUGUUAGUCCAGUGGAGCCUACACAAAAUGCUAUUAAUCCCACUACUUCUACUACUCCUACCCCCCUCUACUCUGACCUUUACCUCUCAUACCUCUUAAAUGGGACGGCCAACUCAUCAUCAUCUUUUAGUUCCACUGAUCAUCAUCACUUGGGUUUUCACAACACAAGCAUGGGAUAUUUGAUGGCACAUGAUCAAUAUCAUGAAGCUGCUGCCGCUUCUUCAAAUGAAAAGGGAGAGAUGGAUUUGAUAGAGAUGGUUUCUUCUCCUCAAUUUGCUCAGGGUACCAACAGAACCAGCUUCUGA